AUGGCGUCCACUGCUCCGGCCAGCGCCGCUCGCGGGCGACGCAACGCGAAAGCUGACGGGUUCCAGUGGGACAACCCCGGCGAAGAGCCAGUUUCCCCGAGCUCCCCCUCUCGCCGCCCUUCGUUCCUCCGCCUUUCCACCACCUCGACGAUCCUCCUGCUCUCCGCGAUCUUCGUCGCCGCUCUCCUUUUCAUUGGCUUCCGUAAUUUCCGCGUCGAGGCCCCCGCGCCGCGCUCCAGCGCGUCGCUAGGCUCGUUAGACGGCGAUUACGGAACUGGCGACGAUGACGGUUACGGCACAACAACCAACGCGGCAGGUUCCACGUGGCCGACCGGCAGCAAGUCGUCAAAACUGACGGCCACCGGAACGGGGGUUUCAGGAUCGUUCGGGUCUACCGGCUUGACGGAAAACGUUGGAAAGAAAACGUCGUGGGACGAAAUGUCGGAGGAUGAGGAUGACUUAGGAACCACCACCGGCUCUAGCUGGCCGAGCAAGAGUAGCUCCGCAAUCGGCGGCGGGUUUGGGGGCGGACUUGGCGCUUCGUCGAGCUGGAAGAAGGGGGUCGCAGGCAGGGGAAGCAGCGGGAACUCGUGGGGUGGCGGCGGCGCGGAUACGAUGGAUGAUGACGUGGACACGUUCUCGAGCAGCGCGAAAACCGCGGGAAGGUUUGGCGGCGGCGCGAUGGGCGAUCUGGGUAUGGGAGACGAUGAUGACGAUGGGGGGGCGUUGUAUCCGAAAGAGAAAGGCAGAACGAGGCCUGGAGACCGCGAGACCGGGAGGGGUAUGGAGCUCGAAGGGUAUUCUAAAAGCAUUGCUUCUGGUUAUGCGAAAGGCGCGGUGGGAUAUGGUAAAGGGACGACAGGGUAUGGUAAGAGCGGACGAGGCGGAGUCGCUUCGACGCGGAAAGGCGGUCGCGGUGAUGAUGAGGAUGACGUGGAUGAGGAGGAGGAUGACGUGGACGAGGAGGAUACCAGGAGCAGCAGAAAGAAGGGGAGGAAGGGGAAGAAAGCGAAGAGGAGCAAGAAGAAGAUCGGGAAAAAGACCAAGACGAGGGGAAAGACGACGAAGAAAACCACCAAGCGCAAAUCACGCAAAUACGGUAAAAAGAGCGGCAGCAAAAGCGGCGAAUCGGACUGGGAAGACGACGAGAGGUCGUUCGGUCCCCUGGGAAAAUGGGGACGGAAGAAGAAGAGCCGACGGAGCAAGGCAGCAGAGGAAGAGGAGGAGGACGAGGACGAUGACAGGGGCAGCAGCAGCAGAUAUGGCAGUUCGGGUAGUUCAGGAUAUUCGAAGAAGCGGGCCCGGGGAGUGGGGGGCUACGACGGGGACGCAGAUACCUCCGCGUCGUACAGACAGGGCGCGGAUCGCAUGGGGGGAAGCCGCGGGGAGCGCGGAGGGCGCGGUGGGCGCGGGUUUGACAAGGGGGGAGGUGACCCGCUGGACCAGGCUUGGGAUGACCUGGGGGGCGGGCGAGGGGGGCGGGGAGGACGCGGCAAGUGGGCGCGAGGGGGGAGCGCGGGCAGUGACGCGGAGGACACGUGGCAAAGCGGAGGCAGGGGCGGCGGAAGGGGAGGAUGGGCGGGGGGAGCGGCGCAGCAGCAGCAGCCGCGGGGGAUGGGGUGGGGGGGAGCAGACACGGGGAGCAACAGACUAGGAGGCAAUGGGGGUGGGGGAGGGAUGGGCAGGAUGGGAGCGGGAGCUGGGGGAGGGAGAGGAGCGGGUGGGAUGACUGGGGUGAAUGACAAUGACGAGGAUGCUUAUGGCGGAGCAGCAGGGGGAGCAGCAGGGGGAAGAAACGGUGCUGCUGCUGGCGGGGCGUUUGGGGGAGGUGUGGGGGGAGGUGUGGGGGGAGCUGCAGCUGCGUUUGGGGGAAGAGGCCGGAUCAAUGCUGGUGGCUUCGUGGGGGGAACUCAGGGAGGUGCCAGGGCGGGGAGGGGAGGUUUAGGGGGAAGUAUGGGGGGCGGGCUAGCAGGGGGGUUGGGGGAAGCGGCGGAUUUAGAUGGGGAGGAUGACAUGGGUAUGGGUAGUGGCGCUGCUGCUGGUGGUCGUGCAGGCUCCACUAUGAGUACGAUGGGCGCUAUGGGCGCAGGGGGAGGAGUAGGCGCAGGGGGACUUCCUGCUAGGGGGAGAAGCAGGCUGGGGGCCACGAGCGCUGGGUUUGGCGGAAUGGGGGGCAUGGGGGGUAUGGGGGGCGUGGGGGGAGCGGGUAGGAUGGGGGGGACCGCCUCUGCUGCUGCUGGUUCUGGCUUCGGUUCAGGCAUGGGUGCUGGGAUGGUGGGAGCGGCUGAAACGGAUGAAGACUAUGGACAGAGCGGUGGAGGAGGGUUGGGGGGAGUGGCAAGGGGAGGCGCAGGAACCGCAGCGGCAGCAGUAACAACCAGAGGGGCAUUCCGGGGUGCUGCAGGGGCAGCAACGUCAGGGCGAAUGGUUGGUGGGGGAAUGGGUGCAACAGGGAUGGGAGCAGGGGGGCUGGGUGGGGAAGAUGAGAUGGGUGGGGCGGAUGAGGGGAUGGGUAUGGUAGGCAAUGGUGUUGCUGGGAGGAGCGGGGUGAGGGGCGGGAUGGCCGGUGGAGUUGGUGGUAGUAUGGCUGGUGGUGUGGGUAGUGGUAUGGCUGGCCGUCUGGGAGGCAGCGGCACCGGCAGCAGCAGCAGCAGUGGAGCGAGUGGGAUGUUUGGGGCGAGAAGCAGAGCCGGAAGCAGCAGCUUUGGCACCGCCAGCAGCAGCUUCAGCAGGCGAGGCAGUGUGGCGGCAGCAGAUCCCUACGGGGACGAAGGGGAAGGCACGGGCGGUAAGGCAGGAGACGCUUCAGGCAUAGACGGUGGGGAUGGCACGGAUGGUAUGGACGGUUCAGAUGACCUGGAUGGAGGAGUGUCCGGUGGUGGUGCAGGAGGGACGAGGCAGGGUGCGCAUGCAGGGCUGGGCAGGGGCGAUGCAGAGGGUGGGGGUUUGGGGGAGGAGGAGGAUGAGGAUGGAGGAGUGGGGUCCGGAAAGGCAGUGGUAGGAUCCAAGACAGGGAAGGGCGAGGGAGGGGAUAGCUCCUCUUCUUCUUCCUCUGGUGGUGGCGGUCUGUUUGGUUUUGUCUCUCGCAUGUUUGGUGGGGGUGGGAGCAGUAAAGCGCCCGGAAAGGCGGCAGGGGAUGGGGCAGGGGAGGGGGAGGAGGUGGAGGGGUUUGAGGCGGGGAAGAGCACGGCUCAGUCGGCAGUGGAAGAUGCCCUGAGGAGCACUGAGGAGGAGGGCGUGACUGGGGGAGGCUUAUCCAGGAACAGGUUCGGCAGCAGCAGCAGCAACAGAGGGGAGGGUGGGGAGGAUGAUGACUACGGGUCAUCGUCUGCUGCUGCUGCUGCUGGCACUGCUGAUGCUGAUGCUGGUGAUGACGCAGACGCAGAUGCGGAUGUUGCAGUGGGGACAGCAGAAGGUUUCAACAAGGGCCGGUUUGUCCGGGGUGCUGCUGGUGCUGCUGGUGGUGGUUCUGGUGCUGUUGGCAGGGGUGGCAUGGGUGAGGAGGAGGAUGAUUCAGAAGCUGCUGCUGCGCUUGGUGAUGUUGCAACUGGAGCCAGCGGUGGUGAUGCCUCAGAUUCCUCUGAUGCUUCUGAUGUGGAUGAGUCUGAUUCGCCUGCUGCAGCUUCUGGGCUUGGUGCUGCUGGUGCUUUUGGAGGGGCAGGGGCAGGGAAGGCCGGGCGGCUGAGUGGGAGACUCAGUGGGAGGUUGAGUGGUGCGAGUGGUGUGACAGGAAAGGCUGGUAGGCUGACUGCGAGAGGGACAGGAGGGAAGACGAAUGCAUUUGGAUUAGACGCAUCAGGAUUGGAAGGAUCGGAAUCAGCCGCUGGGGGAGUUGGUGGUCGUGGGGGGAUGGGAGGGGAGGGUGGUGAUGAGGAUGGCACAGGAGAAGGGAUGACGACCAUUCGGGCUACUAAGAAUGCGUUUUUGGGUAAGAGGCGGGCGAAUGUGGGUAGUGAUACGAGCUUGGGUGCAACCCAGGGUGUGGGGCUUGGAGGAGUGAGUCGUGUUGGCCGGGCAAGAAAGACGAGAGUGGGAGGAAUGACAUCACUAGGAAGAGCACAGGUGAAGGCUUCACAAGACGACGAUGAUGAGCUGUCGCUUUGA